AUGGAUGAGCGAAACUCAGCUGGCCCUGGAACAGGAAGAGGCCAUGCCAGCCAAACUGGGAGCAGUGGGGGAUUCUGGGAAAACCCAGUGCAGAAGAUCCUGGGUGAGGAGGACACUCUCCGCUCAGAGGUGCAGAGUCAGCAGUUGAGGCAGUUCUGCUGCCAGGAGGCCAAAGGACCCCGAGAGGUUUGCAGCAGACUCUUCCACCUUGACCACCAGUGGCUGAAGCCGGAAAGGCACACGAAAGCUGAGAUGCUGGACCUGGUGAUCUUGGAGCAGUUCCUGGCUGUCCUUCCCCCGGAGAUGGAGAGCUGGGUGAGGGAAUGCGGAGCGGAGAGCAGUUCCCAGGCGGUGGCCCUGGCCGAAGGUUUCCUCCUGAGUCAGGCAGAGGAGAGAAAGCAGGUGAGAGAGACUUUCCUCUGGAUACUCCCAAGGGGCUCCAAACAGGACAGAGAACAUCCCAUAAUGGUCUGCUGAUGGCCCAUCCGUUUUCUGGGAAAGCAUCCAUGGAAUGAGAUCUCGUAGUCUUUCUCACCAUUCUCUGUUUUGAAUCCUUGUUUCUUUUUCAGGGAAAGGAUCUCUUUGCAGAAAUGGACCUGGAUUCCUGUGAGGCAGAGAGGCCUCCGUUGGACACCAGAGAGAGGCCACUGGGUAAGGAGGAAGGUGGUUUUUCUCCGUCUGGUCUCAUUCUGUUGGUUCUCCAACUCAUCUGGGGGUUCUUUUCAUCUUGUUUUGGGGGGAGACAGUUGGGAAGAAGGGUCCAGAGGAGGGGAGAUGUAUUUUUGCACCACAAACAUAUGAAAUGGGCACAAACGUCCAAAUGCUCUCAGUAGGUAAGGCUUUCUCAAAGGCCCAUCUGUAGUUAGAGAUGCCCUGUUUCACCUGUGAGAGAAGCAGGCACUCCAGGCGUCCUGAUCACCUUUUUCCUCUUGCAGGUGACAGAGUGAUGCUGGCAAGACUUCCUGAUCCGUCUUUUCAUGGGGACAGAAGGGAAGCAGCGGCUGUGGAACCAGAUCAGGUCAGGGGAAGCUGCCUUGUGGGGACAGAGACUGAGGGAUGGAGCAGUGUCAUGGACUGGUUGCGGACAGAGGAAUGGUGGAAGGAAGCAGCCGGGGAACCAGGAAGGGACGAUGGCUGAGAGCCCAAGAAGUAGAGAUAGAAGAAGAACGGGUGGUCAGAGGGGGAAGAGGGAGAAGCCUGGGAAGAGGAGGUGUCAGAAGCUGGAGGGCGAACAGGGCUUAGUGAGCUGGGAGACUCUGUGGCAGAAUGCAGUGCAGAAUCAGAGGCAGAAGAGGAAGGAGGCAAGUGGGAGAGGAAGGUCGAGAGGCAGAGGUGAGUCAGAAUAAGGAAGAGCCACAGGUGGCUCCCUCUCCUUUUGCCAGAAGCCACCCUCCCUGCUUGUCUCUCAGAGCCAGGAGACCCCAUGCAUUGCAGGAAUCUCUGCUAGAUCAUCCAAGACAGAUGGCCAUCCAAAACAGGCUUAUUUGAUUUCUAGAUUGAUCACUGAAUGCUCAGAUUGGUUUCUAAGCAGUGAACAAAUCAGAACAAAUAGUGGCCUGGAUUCACCUAAUCAGCCCCAUUGGCUGCAAAAUGGGGCCUGCCCCCCAUUCCUCCCCCUCUCCAUGCCCCCAUGAACCCCUGGAAUUUGGCUCUAGGGCAUUGGGAGGGAACUCCCCAGAACAGCUCAGGAGGAGAGGAGAAAGUGGACCCUUCCAUCAGGCAAACUGGAAUGCUUGUGUAGGCAGAAUGACCUGGAAAACACAGUGUGGAGUACCACCUAUUUGCACAAAGACGAAUACCCAUAAUUAAAACUUAGAAUAAAAUAAGCAUCCAGAAUUAAAAUGUGCAGCAAAGUAAUCCUAUUGAAACAACUCCCCUGCGUGAGUGCCUGAGGGCCCUGCUCCUGCCACUCACCACCUGGCCCAGGGCGGGGCCUGAAGCCUCAUAAGGACGGUUGUUGCUGCUGCUGCUGCUGCUGCUGCUGGCCAGGAGGACUCGGAGCGGCGCAAUGUUCUUUUUAAAAUGUAUUUAAAAUUUUCUUUUCCCCUUUUGAUUACUUUUUUUUGGGGGGGUAGGGUGGAUGUUUGGUUGGGCUCGGGAAUUUGUUUGAUUUUGAUUGUAAUUUUUACAGUUUUUUGUUUGUAUUGUUUUAUUGUGGGUUCUUUCUUUUCUUUAAGGGUUUUAUUUUGUUCUUAAGGGGGGGUAAGGGCUGCCGGGGAGUGGGCCCCAGCCCACAAAAUAGCUAGGGCAUGUUCCCCAAGGGGGAUGCCCUGGGACAACUGAUCUUAGUGAUCACGGGUAGGAGGAGGAGUUACGCUAAGACCAGACCAUGUCAUUACAGAGGAGGCAGGUUUAGUCGUUGUUGGAGGACUAUCCCUGCCUCCGGGUCUGGUCCUGACUGGACGGAUACUAGAAUCAGCAAGCGAUACCCACAUGACCUGAAGGUGCUGCUGUGCAAUGCCAGGUCAAUAAUUCAUAAAACCACUGCCAUCCAUGACUUGAUCAUGGAUGAAGGACUUGACCUGGCAUGUGUAACAGAGACUUCGUUGGAUGAAGCAGAUGGGCCUGUCCUUGCCACUGCUUGCCCACCAGGUUUCUCUUACACAGCAACCCAGGCCUUGUGCAUAGCUGUCAAGUGUCCCUUAUUUGAAGGGACAGUCCCUUAUUCCAGCACCAUGUCCCGCUGCUGUCCCUUAUUGAUAGAUGUCCCUUAAAUGUCCCUUAAAUGAUGUCCCUUAAAUUUCAAAGGAAGCAGCUCCUCUCCCUCCCUCCCUUCCUGCCAGGGAGGAGGGAGGCUCCAACUGUGUUGCUUGGCUGUGUUGCUCACCCAAUAAGAAGUCUAAGAACGACUGGGGGGUGGAGCUUGCAUGCCUUGUGUGUGGCUAGUUAAUGCAAGCUGAGGGUGUUUUUGAAUGCUGGACGCCAUUUUGUUGCACGUGCUGCUGCAAACUUUACAGUGCAAAGCCAGGCUGCAGAGCCAUCUUAAGUUGAGGCUGCAUAGGCCUUGUGGUGCAUGUGAUUCAGAUUCAAUUCAGUUGAACCUCUGGUUACAAAGUUGGUUGGACAGUGUUCUCGAAGCUACCCAGCAUGAGUUUGACCAGACUGCAGGAGGACAGGAAGACUGGAGUGCCUGGAACAGGUGAGGCUGCAGGUCCCUUAUUUUGGCUGCUGGUCCCUUAUUUUCAGGGCUGCUGGUCCCUUAUUUUCAAAUCUGUAAGUUGACAGCUAUGGCCUUGUGGGCGGGGAGGGGGGGUUGCAGUGACAUGGUCAGAUCACUUCCUGGUGCAACUGGACUACUCCGCGACCCUUCCCCUCUCCAGGGAGGGGGGACCGAUUCAGAUGGUCCACCCCCGCCACUUAAUGGAUUCAAAUGUUUUCCAGAGAGUGGUAGGGGAUGCUUUAUCCCAUGUUGAUGGCCUUACAGCUGAUUCCCUGGUGGCCUGCUGGAAUGUGGAGUUAACCAGGACUAUUGACUGUUUGGCUCCAAAGCGCCCUCUUCGAUUGCAUGGAGCCUGGACAGCCCUGUGGUUUUCCACGGAUCUGAGAGCAAUGAAACAAUCGCUGAGACGGCUAGAGCGCCGGUGGCGGACAACUCGUUCUGAAGCUGACCGGACACGGGUUAGAGCUCAAUGUCGAGCCUACCAAGUGGCGGUAGCAACGGCGAAGAAGACUUUCUUGGCCGCCUCUAUUGCAUCUGCAGAAAACAGCAGCAGGAGACUUUUUUAGGUGGUUCACAAUAUAGCAGAACCACCUGCUACAUCGGGGCCCAGUAUGGGCCACAUUAUCUCCUGCAAUGAUUUUGCAAAGUUUUCUGCAGAUAAAGUCGCUCAGAUUCAGGAAGAGGUAGACUCCACCGUGGGAGCAGGGCCGGGACAGGAGAGUGCUAGUGUCCUGUCUAGUCAAGUUGCGUGGGAUCAAUUCCAAUCUGUUACCUCUGAGGAUGUGGACAGGCUGCUUGGACGAGUGAGACCAACCACCUGUCUCCUUGAUCCUUGCCCAUUCUGGCUUAUAAAAGCUAGCCGGUAAGGGCUGGGCGAUGGGCUUUGAGGGGUCGUGAAUUAUUCUCUCUGUGAGGGAGCCUUCCCAGACCCGCUGAAAAAGGUGGUUAUCAAACCGCUUAUUAAAAACCAUAUUUAAAUGCUGCCAAUAUGGCUAACUAUCGCCCAGUCUCAAAUCUUCCAUUCUUGGGCAAGGUGAUUGAGCGAGUGGUUGCUGAACAACUCCAGGCACGCCUGGAAGAAGCGGACCUUUUGGAUCCCUUCCAGUCAGGAUUCAGGCCUCAUCAUGGGGACUGAAGCUGCCUCGGUCGCACUGGUCGAUGAUCUCUGGCGGGCUAGGGACAAAGGUAAGAGCUGUUUCCUAUUUCUGCUGGCUCUCUCAGCAGCGUUUGAUACCGUCGACCAUAACAUCCUUCUGGACCGUCUUGAGGGGCUGGGAGCUAGGGGCACUGUCAUACAGUGGUUCCGCUCCUUCCUCCUGGGCUGUGUUCAGAAAGUGGUGGGGGGGGAUGAGUGUUCAGACCCCUGGGCUCUCACUUGUGGGGUGCCUCAGGGUUCCGUCCUCUCCCCCAUGCUUUUCAACAUCUACAUGCAGCCACUGGGAGAGAUCAUCAGGGGGUUUGGGCUGGGUGCUCAUCAGUAUGCGGAUGAUACCCAGCUAUACGUCUCUUUCAAAUUGGACCCAGUGAAGGCGGUGAAAGUCCUGUUUGAAAGUCCUGUUGGAGGAUGGAUGGCGGCUAACAGAUUGAGGCUGAAUCUUGGCAAGACAGAAGUACUGUUUUCGGGGGACAGGAGGCGGGCAGGUGUGGGAGGACUCCCUGGUCCUGAAUGGGGUAACUGUGUCCCUGAAGGACCAGGUGUGCAGCCUGGGAGUCAUUCUGGACUCACAGCUGUCCAUGGAGGCACAGGUCAAUUGUGUGUCCAGGGCAGCUGUUUAUCAGCUCCAUCUGGUACGCUGGCUGAGACCCUACCUGCCCUCAGACUGUCUCACCAGAGUGGUGCAUGCCCUAGUUAUCUCUCGCUUGGACUACUGCAAUGCACUCUAUGUGGGGCUACCUUUGAAGGUGACCCGGAAACUACAACUAAUCUAAAAUGUGGCAGCUAGACUGGUGACUGGGAGUGGCUGCCGAGACCAUAUAACACCAGUCUUGAAAGACCUGCAUUUUCUCCCAGUACGUUUCCGAGCACAAUUCAUUGUGUUGGUGCUGACCUUUAAAGCCCUAAAAGGCCUCGGUCCAGUAUACCUGAAGGAGCGUCUCCACCCCCAUCGUUCUGCCCAGACACUGAGGUCCAGCGCUGAGGGCCUUCUGGCGGUUCCCUCGCUGUGAGAAGCCAAGUUACAUGGAACCAGGCAGAGGGCCUUCUCGGUAGUGGCACCCGCCCUGUGGAAUGCCCUCCCACCAGAUGUCAAAGAGAAAAAUAACUACCAAACUUUUAGAAGACAUCUAAAGGCAGCCCUGUUUAGGGAAGGUUUUAAUGUUUAAUAGAUGAUUGUAUUUUAGUGUUUUAUUGGAAGCCGCCCAAAGUGGCUAGGGAAACCCAGCCAGAUGGGCGGGGUAUAAAUAUUAAUUAUUAUUAUUAUUAUUAACAAGAAGGAAAUAACAGAGCAUUGUGUAGCAGAUCAUAUUUCUGCUGUCUCAGAGGAGGACAUUUCCCUUUUUCUUUUAGGGUCCAGCGUGCUUUGAAGAUGUUGCUGUUCGUUUCACGGACGAGGAGUGGGCGAUGCUGGAUCCUGACCAGAGAGCUCUGCAUAAGGACGUCAUGGAGGAGAAUUGUGGGAUAUUGGCCUCUCUUGGUAAGGCUCCCUGUGGGAUCGUCAUAUCAGCCUGGAAAUUCAAAAAAUACCUCAAUGUGACCAACCUCAUAUAUUUUCACAGAGCUCAACAGCGCCCCCUAUAACACCUGGGAACCUAACACCCUCACAAUAGAGUUAAUUACAGUUUUUUCUUUGAACAGCCUUCCUCAAAUUAUUCCUUUUUCUACCAGGAUUGGGCUGGUCUGAACUUCCCAGGCCACCUUCAAUGUCAGCUUCAGAAUUGUUAGGAAAGAUAAGUAGCUUCAGGUUUUUGUUUUUUGUUUUUGCUCCUGUCAGUCUUGGGUUGACCAAAGAGAGGACUGGCAGUGAAGCUCAGGUGCUGCCAGCCAGAGAAUAAGCAGGCCUAGGGAGAGGAGAGUUAGCAGCGGAAGGCAGAGAGGAGGGGGAGAGCAACUGUCAUCUGAGCUCUGAACAAGGGGGAGAAGAAAAAGAAAGACAGACAGCUGUGUGAGAGCUACAGGAGUGAGUCAGACACUGGAAUGCAGGAAGCAUUCUCUGCCAAAUUUAAAGAUACUGGAAGAGAAGGUGGGGGCUUCCGUGCUGGGGAAGGGGAAGGAGCUCAGUCUGGGCAACUCCAUCUUGUGGGGAGGAUGAUGAGUAGAGGAGCUCCGUCCAAGUUUGUUGUUUUAGCAAUAAAUCUGAAAUUAUUAACAGAGUCGUCUCACGUUUGUGGGAGAGACCAAGCCAUAACAAGGACUGACAUUGGAGAUGGAGGGGAUGCCAUGACUGGGCCAAACAAAAUCGAUCCCAGAGAAGAGCUAGGCUUAUGGAAUCUCAGGUAGUAAUAGCAGUGAUGAGGAUGAGGAUGAUACAGUGGUACCUCGGUUUACAAAAUUAAGCUUUUCCAGAACAGGUACCACUGUAGUAAUAAUAAUAAUUUUUAUUUCUACACUGCCGAUAAUAAUAAUAAUAAUAAUCUGAUUCCAUAUAAAAAGAACAUUAACUUUAAAAUGAACAACUUAUACUAGUGGCCAAAAUUGUGGAAAGCUUUUGUGAAAAGUGUAUUUCUGAGGUUUGAUGGCUCAUAACUCCACCUUUGUGUGGAAUAAUGCCAUAAAAUUAUAUAGCAAUGGAAAGAUAUUUUAAUGAAGAAUGUAAUGCAAUGACUUUUAUGAUGGAGUAUUUAUUAGAACAGCAGUCAUAAAGAAAAAACGUGAAACCUUUGGUAACCAUUGGUAACCUUUAGCUUUCAUUACGGCCUUACAACAUCUUCCCAUGAAGUGAAUCAAGUUUUUAGUUCUGCAGUUGUAAUAAUGUGAAACAAAGACUGAAUUAUUGCCUCUGUUCACUGGGCUUUAUUGCUGGGUUGCUUCUGUUUAAAAUGUUUCUUUAGUCGACUGCAUAGAUUUCCAACUGGGUUAAAGUUUUGGCUAUUCCCAGGCCAUUCCGGCAGUGGAAUAGGAUUAUCUUGAAAGCACUUUUUCAACACAGCAGCAACAUGACAUGGAGCUGAAUAUCUUCCUGCCUUUACCAGUCUGAUUUUGUAGUGCCUGAGUCUCCUUAUACCUCUUCAAAAAUAUAGAAAGGCCAGCUUUGGUUAUGUUUCCCCCAAUCUCUCUUCAAAUUUCUUCAUAAUUGUAGCCUUGUUCACUUAAUAGUACUAUUUUACAUCGCUUUCUGGGUGACCCGUCAACUCUUUGUGCCAUUUCUAUAAUUUUAUUAUGUUUUACAACCUCACUAAAUGAAAGAACACAAAAAACCCCAACCAACUUGAUAGCAAUCACAUAACACAUUGACAAAAGUAAACCUAAGCAAGUUGUGCUUCCUUUUUCUGGUUAUUUGACUAUAACAUUUGAUAAAAUAUGAGUAAUUGAACAAACUUGCAUUCUUGAUGGAUUGCAUUCUUGAUUAAAUUAUCUUUCCAUUGAUAUACAAUUUUAUGUUAUUCCUAUAAAAGAAGUGGUGUUAUGAGCUAUCAAACCUCUGAAAUACACUUUUUUCCAAGAGUCUUCCACAAUUUGGACCACUACUAUAUAUUAAACAAACCAACAUUCAACAACUCAUCAGAAUCUAAUAAUAAAUAUGUUGGUUAAUGACAAACAACACAGGUAAUGAAGACCCCCCCCAACUUCCUUCAGUUCUUCUCCAUUUGUUCCUGAGGCUCUAAUCCCUUUUUGUCUCUAUUGCAGAUUGUGAUGAAUCGGAAAUCGAGAACAAAGGUGACCACGAUAAAAUCCCCAGAGAGGAGAAGCCACGUAAAAAUUUGGAGUGUGGAGAAAGCUGCAGUCAGAGCUCCCAUUCCACUUCCCAUCAACAAAAUCCCAUUGGAAAGAAACUCUAUCAGUGCAUGGAAUGUGGAAAAAGCUUCAGUCACAGCUCCAAUCUAAUUUACCAUCAAAGAAUUCAUACAGGGGAGAAACCCUAUCAGUGUGUGGAAUGUGGAAAGAGGUUCAGGAAGAGCUCCCAUCUAAUUUCCCAUCAAAGAAUUCAUACAGGGGAGAAACCCUAUCAGUGUGUGGAAUGUGGAAAGAGCUUCAGUCACAGCCACAGUCUCACCUCCCAUCAAAGAAUUCAUACAGGGGAGAAACCCUAUCAGUGUGUGGAAUGUGGAAAGAGCUUCAGUCACAGCCACUGUCUCACCUCCCAUCAGAGAAUUCAUACAGGGGAGAAACCCUAUCAGUGUGUGGAAUGUGGAAAGAGCUUCAGGAAGAACUCCCAUCUCACUUCCCAUCAAAUAAUUCAUACAGGGGAGAAACCCUAUCAGUGUGUGGAAUGUGGAAAGAGCUUCAGGAAGAAGGACAAACUCACUUCCCAUCAAAUAAUUCAUACAGGAGAAAAACCCUAUCAGUGUGUGGAAUGUGGAAAGAGCUUCAGGAAGAAGGACAAACUCACUUCCCAUCAAAGAAUUCAUACAGGAGAAAAACCCUAUCAGUGUGUGGAAUGUGGAAAGAGGUUCAGGACACGCUACGAACUCACUUCCCAUCAGAGAAUUCAUACAGGGGAGAAACCCUAUCAGUGUGUGGAAUGUGGAAAGAGCUUCAGUCAGAGCUCCUCUCUCACUUUCCAUCAAAGAAUUCAUACAGGGGAGAAACCCUAUCAGUGUGUGGAUUGUGGAAAGAGCUUCACUGUUAGCUCCGCUUUCACUUCCCAUCAAAGAAUUCAUACAGGAGAAAAACCCUAUCAGUGUGUUGAAUGUGGAAAGAGAUUCAGGAAGAGCUCCGAUCUCACUUCCCAUCAAAGAGUUCAUGCAGGGGAGAAACCCUAUCAGUGUGUGGAAUGUGGAAAGAGAUUCAGUCUGAGCUCCUCUCUCACUUCCCAUCAAAUAAUUCAUACAGGAGAAAAACCCUAUCAGUGUGUGGAAUGUGGAAAGAGCUUCAGUCAGAGCUCCUCUCUCACUUCCCAUCAAAGAAUUCAUACAGGGGAGAAACCCUAUCAGUGUGUGGAAUGUGGAAAGAGCUUCAGUCACAGUCAGAAUCUCACUUCCCAUCAAAGAAUUCAUAGAGGAGAAAAACCCUAUCAGUGUGUGGAAUGUGGAAAGAGCUUCAGUCACAGCCACCAUCUCACUUCCCAUCAAAGAAUUCAUACAGGGGCGAAACCCUAUCAGUGUGUGGAAUGUGGAAAGAGCUUCACUGAUAGCUCCUCUCUCACUUCCCAUCAAAGAAUCCAUACAGGGGAGAAACCCUAUCAGUGUGUCGAAUGUGGAAGGAGCUUCAGUCAUAGCUCCUCUCUCAUUUCCCAUCAAAGAAUCCAUACAGGGGAGAAACCCUAUCAGUGUGUCGAAUGUGGAGCGAGCUUCAGUCACAGCCACAGUCUUACCUCCCAUGAGAGAAUUCAUACAGGGGAGAAACCCUAUCAGUGUGUGGAUUGUGGAAAGAGCUUCAUUCAGAGCUCCUCUCUCACUUUCCAUCAAAGAAUUCAUACAGGGGAGAAACCCUUUCAGUGUGUGGAAUGUGGAAAGAGCUUCAGUCACAGCCACAGUCUCACCUCCCAUCAGAGAAUUCAUACAGGGGAGAAACCCUAUCAGUGUGUGGAAUGUGGAAAGAGCUUCAGUGUUAGCUCCGCUUUCACUUCCCAUCAAAGAAUCCAUACAGGAGAAAAACCCUAUCAGUGUGUGGAAUGUGGAAAGAGCUUCAGUCAGAGCUGCUCUCUCACUUCCCAUCAAAGAGUUCAUACAGGGGAGAAACCCUAUCAGUGUGUGGAAUGUGGAAAGAGCUUCAGUCAGAGCUCCUCUCUCACUUACCAUCAAAGAAUUCAUACAGGAGAAAAACCCUAUCAGUGUGUGGAAUGUGGAAAGAGCUUCAGUGACAGCCGCGGUCUCACCUCCCAUCAGAGAAUUCAUACAGGGGAGAAACCCUAUCAGUGUGUGGAAUGUGGAAAGAGCUUCAGGAAGAGCUCCGAUCUCACUUCCCAUGAAAGAAUUCAUACAGGGGAGAAACCCUAUCAGUGUGUGGAAUGUGGAAAGUGCUUCAGUCACAGUCAGAAUCUCACUUCCCAUCAAAGAAUUCAUACAGGGGAGAAACCCUAUCAGUGUGUGGAAUGUGGAAAGAGCUUCAGUCACAGUCAGAAUCUCACUUCCCAUCAAAGAAUUCAUAGAGGAGAAAAAACCCUAUCAGUGUGUGGAAUGUGGAAAGAGCUUCAGUCACAGCCACCAUCUCACUUCCCAUCAAAGAAUUCAUACAGGGGCGAAACCCUAUCAGUGUGUGGAAUGUGGAAAGAGCUUCACUGA